AUGAAAGGAGUCAAAGUUGAUGCUAAAGACGCUUUUAAACGUACACCUCUCCAUUAUGCUGCUAUUAAGGGUCACAAGGAUAUCAUUGAUAUGCUCAUCACGAACGGAGCCAAUCUUGAUUUGAGAGACUGCCAUAACAAGACACCUCUUCAUUUUGCUGCUGACAAUGGACACAAGGAUGUUGCUGAGAAGCUUAUCAUGAAAGAAGCCAAAGUUGAUAUCAAAGAUAAUAAAUGGCGAACAGUUCUUCAUUAUGCUGCCAUGAAGGGUCUCAAGAAUGUCGUUGAAAAAAUCAUCACGAAAGGAGCCAAUCUUGAUUUGGGAGACUUCCAUGACAAGACACCUCUUCAUUAUGCUGCUGAGAAUGGUCUCAAGGAUAUCGUUGAAAAGCUCAUCACAAAAGGAGCCAAUCCCAAUAAUAGAGAUCUUAAUGGGAAGAUACCUCUGUCACUAGCUAUCAGCAAAGGUAAGGCUGACGUCGCUGAAGAGCUCAUCAAUAGAGGAUCCGAUCUUACUUCUAAAGAUCAAUACGGAGACACACCUCUUCAUCUAGCUGUUAUGAAUGGGAACUUAAAGAUCGUUCAACUUCUUGUGGAGAAGGGCGCCAGUCUUACUGCUAAAGAUUAUCGUCGAAAUGCACGUACACCUUAUGAGACAGCUUGUGUUUUUGACGGUGAAG